AUGCCACCCAGAGUAGACAGCAUAGCCCUACUUGAAUGCACCAUGCAAGUGAUCAGAGAGGUUCACACUGACUGGAAUGAAGACCAAAUCUUGGAGCAUGCCUUUUCUAUGAUGAACCUCCAACCAAACACCAGCCAAGUCGAAAAGAUUCCAAAGUCAGUACUCAGCAUUGUAUCACAGAUCAUCAAGCUCAACAAGAACAACUGGGCUAUUUGGGAGCCCAUGUUUAUGGACUGUAUAUGGCCCAUCAAGAAUGCAAAGCAGAUCCUUACCAGGGAAAUAUCUAGCAACCACAUGGACUACAAUGAAGAACUAAAUAGUCACCUGUUAGGCCUCAUCCUGUCAUCAUGCAACCACAGUCCUGAAAGCAGUAUUCAUACAUACACCAUUCAAGAACAAGGUGAAGAGGAACAACUCAGCUCUACACUGUACAAGAAGCUCAAAACAGCACUCAUGAUCAAUGAUGAAGAACUAGAUCGAAUUUGGAAUGAUGCUGCAAGGCUGGGCAGUCACAUGGAUGAAAAGCUCAAGAAGUCCACCCUCUACUGCUGCAUCAAGGACAACUGGCUAUACACCCAAACUGUAGAUUCCCUCAAGGCCACUCAACCUGGUUGCAACUAUGAAUAUGCAUACCAUGCACUAGCCAAGAAGCACCAAGAAGCUGAGCUCUCAGGUCACAUCCAAGCCACAGCCAGAGUCACAAGCAACAGAAGUUCAACAGGCCAAGCUGAUGAGCAUAGGCAGGUUCUCAACCAAGAGGGCUACAUUAGGGGCAACCUGGGCACAUUGCAAUCAAUUGCACCAGCAGUCAAGAGCAAACUCCUGCUCAGCAGGGAUAGGGAUUCAGGUGCACCCUUUUUUAUGUGGAUUCUCAACUCCAGAGCUACACAUCACAUGGUACAUGAUGAGGAUAAGCUCAUUGCUCCGAUGCCAAAGCAAGGAUCCAUAGACACUGCAGGGCAUGAACAGUUGCAAGUGCAGGCAAUAGGAGAUGCAACCUUGCAAGUUGGAGACAUUAAAAUACCCCUCACAGAUGUACUUUAUGUUCCCAACCUUAGCAAGAAUCUAUUGUCUGUUCCAGCAUUAACUGAAGAUGGUGCAUGA